AUGGCAUUAACCGAUAGACGUCCUAUGGCUUUAUCUACAAAUACGCCAGUAUCUUCACCUACUUUUAAUCCAAACACUUUGGGUAUCACCAACAGGAAAACUAAAACUAGAAACAACAGCUUACCAUUACAUCCUACUGAAAAAGCAGAUAUCAACAAUGAAGAUAAAUUUGAAGAAGAUGCAAUUGAGGCUGGAGAGGGUGAAGAAAACCUUCGUAUGGACAAAUAUCUAGAAUCCAACGCGAGAGAGGAUGACGACAACGAUCAUGAUCAGGAUCAUGAGAAAGAAUUUCAAGGAGAUGAUGAUAACAAUAACGACGACGACGACGACGACGACGACGACGAUGAUGAUAAGCACUCAAUUGCUUCUGAUUUAGGGAAAAUGGGUCUUGCCAAUGGCUCUGAAACUUCUUCAACAUCAAGAAGCACUUCUCCCGAUUCAGUUUUGGAUAAAAACAAAUCCGUCACUAGAGAAUCUACACCACCAACGACAACUUCAACACCACCUUCAUCGCAGAGUGAUACAACUGAAAAAGCCACCACUACCAAAAAGAUCAAAAAGGCCAAACCUAUUUCAAGAGCACCAAUCGCCACUGGUAUCUCUACUGCUAUUCCAGUUACUGGAGAAAAACCAAAACCAAUACAAAAAGGUGAUGCAUCAUUAGAAGAUGACGUUUUGUAUGCCAUUUUUGUUAUUCUUUAUGAAAGAGAUCCACAAGGGCAUGGAUUCACCGUUAAACAAAUCUGUGAUGUCUUAACCGAAGAACACCCACAAAUUGCCAAUUUAUCAACAAAGACUUCGAAUUUAGUUAGUGCCAAAUUAAACGCCUACGUCAAAAGAGUUGAAAAGGGAGAUACUAGCUUGAAGUAUGCCAUUUCUCGUGAUUGGGCCGAUGCUUCACCAAAGAGAAUGGUUUACGUUUAUCGUGGAUUAUUGGCGCCUGGAUUUGAAGUUGUAGCUAAGAAAUUAACUGAUGAAUUAAAGCAACAAAGAGGUGAAGAAAAAGCUCAAGCUGCCGACAACAAGGGCAAAGUUGAUAAUGUUGAUGGCGAUGGUGACGCUGUUGACAUCAAAUCGUCAUCUGGUCCUGCUUCACCCAAAUCGGGGAAAAAGAAUGUUAAGGAGUUACCUCCAUACACUGAUGAUUCUCUCCAAGCUGGUAAACAAGCUACUUUAGCCAAACCAAGAAGACAAACUAUGUUUGACUUGGGGGUCACCAAGAAUUCAUUUUUUGAAAAUGGAUCCGGGUUUGACAAGACAAACUUGUUUGUCCCUUAUGCUUCCGCUCCAGUGACUGCUGCGUUAACCAGUGAUCUCAAUAGUAUGACAACCUCGACUGUCCUGGGAGGAACAUCUGAUAUGAUGGAUCUUGAUGUCGAAGCCGAUGUUGAGGAAGAAGAAGAUGAUGAUUUUGCCAAUGUGUUUGCCGAUACCGACGAUGAUGAUAUGGACGAUGAUUAUUCAAUGAUUGAAACCAUGCGUAAGAAUGGUAAACGAUCAAAAUCGAUGUCGUAUUUGUCAUUGACGAAAAAGACCAAAGUGUUGACUGCUGCUGCCGCGGCUCCAAGAGCUUCUCGAGCACCGAGCUCACAUAGUCCUAAUGCUGCUGCCGCCGCUGCUGCUUUACAUGCUGCUGCACUUAGAGCUAUCUCAAGAUCGUCUAACAGCAAUAACAACGCUAAGACCAAUGCUUCCUGUUCCGAGAGUGCUACCUCUUCACCAGUUACUGGCUCUCUCUGUUCAAACAAAAAGUGGUUGAGUGUUAUCAGAUCAGGUUUCUUAAGCCAAGAUAUUGGUGCUCCAGAAGACACCAGUUUAUCAGACAUUGAGAAAUUCUUUACCUAG